GAAAAACUGGAGAUGUCACUUAGUGACAUCAAUUUUUUUUGUUCGCUUGAGUUUUUCUCGCAUUUUCCUCCACGAAAUCCCCAAAUACUCCCACUCUGUGUCAACCUCUGCCCCAAACACGCUACCCAGCACGUCUCGAAGCACCUGGCGAGGUUUGCAAUCCGUGGAAGCGCGAGUGAAAGUCUUGCUAAAAGUUGUCCCCAAGAAAAAUGAAAGUGAACUGAAUUUUAUCAAAAGAUCAAUGAACUUAUUUGUAAAUAUCGAAGGGAUUAGUGAAAAGUGUUUGAUAUUUCCACGAAGAAGCUGGAGAAAUGGACACAGGACAGCUUAUUGUCCCACGAGAUACUGACUGCUCUGCAGCAAAUCCUCUCAUUUCUGAGGAUUCUGGGACUUUUCCCACUUCGGUGGAUCCCUUGGACAUAAGGGAUACAAAUGACGACACAGCAGAGUCUCAGGGUCUUCUGGAGCGCCCAAUGGCCUCCGUGAAGCUUCCAGUGAUUGGGAUGACGUGCCAAUCUUGUGUGCGGAACAUCGAAGGGAAUAUCGGGACCAAAGAAGGGAUUUACAAUAUACGAGUAUCGUUAGCUGAUAAAGCGGCAUUUAUUGAUUUCAAUCCAACAUCAACUAGUGCAGAAGAAUUAGCUGCUAGCAUUGAGGAUAUGGGAUUUGAGUGUCCAUAUCAGAGUCCCAUUGAAAAUGGUCAGAUUCUCAGUAGUUCCGUUGAAGAAGUGAAGAUCCUCAUUGAAGGAAUGACUUGCAAUAGCUGUGUAAAGAAUAUUGAGGGGACCAUUGGGGGGCGGGAAGGGAUCAAGAGCAUUUCUGUGAGUUUAGCUGAAAAGGAGGCACUUGUAAAUUUCGAUUCGGCUAUUUGGAUGGCAAAGGAUAUUGCAGAUGCCAUUGAGGACAUGGGAUUUGAGGCGAGAGUUAAAGAUGGGGUAAUAAGGGAGAAAGAAAAGAGCCCACCAACACAGAAACGUCCACUUUCUGAAUCUCUUGUUAUGCUAGGGGGUCCUCAAAGUGGCAAAGAAGCCAACUGGACAAAAUGCUUCCUUCACAUUCAAGGAAUGACUUGUGCCAGUUGCGUGGCUGCCAUUGAAAAGCAUUGCCGGAAGAUUUUUGGCGUGGACAGUAUUUUGGUGGCUCUUUUGGCUGCUAAGGCAGAAGUUAAGUACAAUCCGAGGCACAUCACAGCUGAAGACAUUGCCCAGUCCAUCAGUGAAUUGGGCUUCCCGGCGGAGGUGAUAGAUGAGCCGGGGACGGGAGAGAGUGAGAUUGAGGUGGAGAUCAAGGGUAUGACGUGUGCCAGUUGCGUCAACAAAAUCGAACAGACAGUGCUGAAGAGUCCGGGAGUGAGUUUUGCUGCUGUCGCACUCACCACCAGACGCGGUAAAUUCCGCUUCAGCAAUGAACAGACAGGACCACGGACUAUCUGCGAUGUAAUCAACUCAUUGGGCUUCGAAGCGAGUCUGCUGUCCAACAAGGACAAAAUGGCUCACAGCUACCUCGAGCACAAAGAGGAGAUCCGGAAGUGGCGCAAUGCCUUUCUGAUCUCUUUGGUAUUUGGUGGUCCAUGCAUGAUUGCCAUGAUCUACUUUAUGAUUGAGAUGGAGUAUCACACGCACGAAGAAAUGUGCUGUGUCCUCCCUGGGCUGUCAAUGGAGAAUCUUGUGAUGUUUGUCCUUUCGACUCCUGUACAAUUUUUCGGUGGAUGGCAUUUCUAUGUCCAGGCCUAUCGAGCAGUUAAGCAUGGAUCCACAAAUAUGGAUGUAUUGAUAACAAUGGCCACAACUAUUAGCUACAUCUACUCAGUGGCUGUUCUUGUGGCCUCAAUGGUGCUUCAGCAGGUGACUUCUCCACUCACCUUUUUCGACACACCUCCCAUGCUGCUGAUUUUUAUUUCCUUGGGAAGGUGGUUAGAGCACGUGGCUAAAGGGAAGACUUCCGAAGCACUCUCGAAAUUGCUGUCCCUGAAAGCGACAGAAGCUACUCUGGUGACUAUAAAUGACAAUUUUGAGGUGCUGUCGGAGAAGGUGAUAUCAGUGGAUUAUGUUCAGAGGGGUGAUACGAUCAAAGUGGUUCCGGGAAGCAAAGUUCCGGUCGAUGGGAAGGUUCUUUUUGGCAAUUCAACGUGUGAUGAGAGUCUGAUUACGGGAGAAUCAAUGCCGGUGCCCAAGAAGAAGGGGAAUGUUGUUAUUGGGGGUUCAAUUAAUCAAAAUGGGCUACUUUUUAUGACUGCAACGCACACGGGAGAAAAUACAACUCUUGCGCAAAUUGUGAGGCUCGUGGAGGAGGCUCAAACGUCCAAAGCACCUAUUCAGCAAUUGGCAGAUAAGAUUGCAGGGUACUUUGUGCCCUUUGUCAUUGCUGUGUCUACCAUUACGCUAAUUGGAUGGACAAUUAGUGGAUACAUUGACAUUAAUCAUCUGCCAAUGACGGAAGCCCAGAAAAGGGGACUCAAUCGGGAAGAAAUCAUCUUCAGCUACGCUUUCCGCUGUGCCCUCAGUGUUCUGGCAAUUGCUUGCCCCUGUGCCCUGGGCUUGGCUACCCCAACAGCCGUGAUGGUGGCUACAGGAGUUGGAGCACUCCAUGGGGUACUUGUCAAGGGUGCUGGGCCCCUGGAAAAUGCCCACAAAGUCAAGACAAUUGUAUUUGACAAAACCGGAACAAUAACUCAUGGAAUGCCAAUGACAUCGCGCAUCUGCCUCUUCGUGAAGCCAACUGUGUGCUCCCUUGGACGCCUCCUGACCAUCCUUGGGGCUGCUGAGAGCAACAGUGAACAUCCAAUUGCCACAGCUGUAGUGAAGUUUGUCAAAGAAAUGCUGGAAGUGGAUGUUUUUGGGAAAUGCGCAAGUUUUAUGUCUGUCCCAGGAUGUGGGAUAAGAUGUAAAAUCUCUAGCAUCGAUGGGACUCUGGAUAAGGCUCUAAAGUCCGAGAAGAUUGUCAACUAUGAGAAUUUGAGGAGGAAUGGAAGUGAUUUAGUGUUAGUGAAUGGUGUUGCCAUUGAAGAAAUCAUUCCGGAAUUGUCAUCAUCCGAGAGGAAGACCAGGGAGUUGCAGCAGUUGCUGCAGAUCGACAAGAGUGAUGAGGAGAUUGACCAGGGCGAAGCCUUCGACAAAAUCUCCGAGUACCGUGUUCUCAUUGGGAAUCGCGAAUGGAUGCAUAGGAAUGCAGUUCAUGUUCCUCCAGAGGUGGCCACCAAAAUGACUGAGGAGGAAUCCAUGGGUCACACGGCCAUCCUCUGCGCCAUCAAUGAGUCACUGGUAUCCAUGGUGUCGGUGUCUGACAUGGUGAAGCCCGAAGCUCAUUUGGCGGUGUACACAUUGCGUCGGAUGGGCGUUGAGGUUAUUCUCCUAACUGGUGAUAACAAGAACACUGCGGCUAGUAUUGCACGUCAGGUGGGAAUUCAUCGGGUGUUCUCAGAAGUGCUUCCAUCUCACAAAGUGGCCAAGAUACAGAGGCUGCAGGAGAGUGGGGUUCGGGUGGCAAUGGUGGGCGAUGGUGUCAAUGACAGUCCAGCUUUGGCUCAAGCGGACGUUGGCAUAGCCAUUGCGGCGGGAACUGAUGUUGCAGCUGAGGCUGCUGAUGUCGUUCUGAUGCGCAAUGAUCUUCUGGAUGUUGUGGCUUGUUUGGAUCUCUCGAGGCGCACAGUGAAGCGCAUCAGGCUGAAUUUUCUCUUUGCCAGCAUGUACAAUCUGCUGGGAAUUCCACUGGCUGCCGGAGUUUUCAGUCCACUCGGAUUUGUGCUGGAGCCCUGGAUGGCAUCAGCAGCAAUGGCAGCCAGUUCUGUCUCCGUUGUGUGUUCCUCACUUUUACUCAAACUGUACAAAAAACCCUCCGUGGCGUCACUGCAGACGCCAGAAUAUCUGCAGCUGGUGGAUUCGGGUGGACAUCUGGAUCCGGAAGCUGUGUCCGUUCAUCGUGGCUUGGAGGAUAUACCACGACCGGACUUUGGUAGAUCAAAUAGCUCCACUUUGUCCAGGAUAUUUGGACGGGUCAAGAGUUCUUCUGAGCCGCGACUUUUGGGUGAAGAUGAUGAAUUGCGCAUUGAAGUGGUGCGGUCUAGCAAAUCAAAGUCGUACCGAGACUGCACAGAAAUGCAGAAAUUAUGAGGAGGACAAGUGAUGUGGGAAGCAUUUGUGAUACUGCGAACAUUGAUGACAGACUCCUUUCCAGCCUUCUUAUGCGCCGAAAGACAGUACUUAGGACAUUUUCUAAUCAUUUUACUCUCUUGUACCAACAAAUAAAUCUCAAGAGCUUUGAACAUU